AGGAAUCCUAACAGUGAGAUUUAUUUUUUAGUGAUUUAUUUUUUUUUCUAAACAAAAUUUAGUUUCUUUUUUUUUGGGGGUGAUUUAAUCCAAGUGUUUGGUGCGGGAAAAUAAUUUAUGGUGAUGAUGAUCAAGUUGUUGAUGAUGAUGAUGAAGUUGUUGAAACGGCGGUGUUCUGCGGUGAAAUAGUGUUGUUUUUGAGUGUGUGCGCGGCGGCGGACCCAAAAAAAUUCUCAAUGAGUUGUCCAGGGCAAAAUGGUUAGAGAGACUAGACAUCUUUGGGUCGGCAAUUUACCCGAUAACAUUCGAGAGGAGCGCAUCCGGGAACAUUUUAAACGCUGCGCGGGCGCACCGAAAAUGAGGUAUGGCCGCGUGCAGAGCGUCAAAUUGUUGCCGAGGAACGUCGGUACGAAAGAGGAGGCGAGCGAGAGUACGAUGGCGUGUACUGUGGCGUUCAUGGACAUCAAAAGCGCCUCGAAAGCCCGGGACGCCGAGCACAAGAUCGACGAUAGAACUCUGACCACGGAGUAUUACGAGCCAGUCGCCAUUCCGUCCACAGCUUCGCCCCAAACGCCCCCGAACGCCUACGUGACGUCACCUAGCAGUACACGAUUUCCAAACGGGCACGGUCCGACCGAUGAUCAUGGUAAUUUUACGGAUAGGUUCUACGAUAGAACGGCGGGGGGUCGCGUCCCCGAACCACCGGACUACAUCCGUGCCACCGGUAGACCAGCCCCAGCCGCUUACCACGACACCAACAAUCGGGGUAGAAACCGCGAUAGGCCGUCUUACGCCAGAAACGGACCUUACAAUCCCAUUAUUGAUAGAUCGCAUCGGCUCAGCAACUCUUCGUGGUCGUCUUCAUACGAUUCCUCAUCUACAACCACAACAGGAAGUACAACAAGUAGAUAUAAUAACCAAAAUAGUGAUGCGGGGUAUUCGACGGCACCCAGCGAAGCAAACGAUCGACGGUCAGAUUCUAGUAGUACAAAAAAGAAGACCAAGUCUAGAUCGGGAACCCGAUCGCCGUCACCUUCAGGGAGUACGUCUAGUAGAUCGGCCAGCAGGUCGAGAUCACGAAGCAGUUCGAGUAGUUCGAGCAGUUCCACGUCGAGGGGAUCCAGUUCGACGAGUUCGCCGAGGUCCAGGAGGCAGCAGGGUAACGCGCAGUAUCAAGAAGAUCGGAGACCAUUAGCUAUAUGUGUUAAAAAUUUACCGUGUCGGUCAUCUGAUACAUCAUUAAAAGACGGUUUAUUCCACGAAUACAAGAAACACGGUAAAGUAACCUCGGUGAAGGUGGUAGGUCAAAGUUCGGAACGCCACGCGAUCGUUUGCUUUAAAAAACCGGAAGACGUCGAGAAGGCGCUCGAAGUCAGUUACGACAAGUUGUUCUUCGGCAGUAAGAUCGAGGUGGUGCCGUAUCAAGGUCACGAGGUUGACGAGACCGAUUCGCGAUUAUACGAGGCCGAAAUCGACGAGUACAACCCGAAGGCGACUCGAACCCUCUUCAUCGGCAACCUGGAGAAGGACGUGACGCAAUCGGAUCUUCGGAAACACUUUGACCAGUUCGGGAAAAUCUUCGAGAUCGACAUCAAAAAGCAAGGCGUCGUCAGUUCGUACGCGUUUUGUCAGUACAGCGACAUUGUUAGCGUGGUGAAGGCGAUUCGAGCUCUCGAUGGGGAACAUUUGGGGAACAAUCGGAUCAAACUUGGCUUUGGCAAGUCGAUGCCCACGUCGUGUGUGUGGGUUGAUGGAGUUACGGAGAACGUUAGUGAAAAGUACCUGAUGAACCAGUUUGAGGCGUUCGGCUCCAUUCAACAAGUGAGCAUUGACAGAGAAAGAAGUCAAGCUUUGGUGUUUUACGAGCAGCAAGGCCACGCGCAAGCGGCUGUGAACAAAAUGCGUGGUGCAACUUUAGGGCGUAACAGAAAGAUCCAAGUGGAUUUUGCCAGUCGGGAAUGCCAAGAAGCUUUCUUCGAUCAUUUAGAAAAGCAGGGACAUUCUGCUGAUAGGAUAACAUUCGAGGAGAGAAGAGAUGCUGCUUCGAGAACUUUUGAGGCCACCACAACUCCGGCAAGGUUCUCAAGAUAUGAAACCCCAACAAGACCAAGAACGUCAUCAUACAGUAACAGAACAACCGCUGCGGUAAAUCAACUCACCACGUUACCUUCACCGGGAACUCCAGGUUCGGUGACGCCGAGGGGUGCAGCUUCACGGUCGAGAGUAUCUCGGUACCCUCCUGAUUAUUAUGAAAACUCCGAGUAUCCUGAGAGGCAUUUUCGGAAUUACGACGAGUAUAGUCAGGGUAGUGGGGCGUCUCAAGACGAACCCUACGAGCACGAGUACAACUACCACGAAAGCCCGUCCCAUUUGGAACCAAUCGACAGGUUACAAACGGUGGUUUCGGAACAUCCGGUGGCGUUUCCGCCGCCGGACAUCCGAAACUUACAAAAGGAGCGGGUUCACAUUCUCGAGCAGCUCGACGAUUGCAGUUCGGGCGACGAGAUCAUUAGUCCAAAGAAAAAAAUUAAAUUGGAUCACUUGGAUGGACCAAUGAACUGUGAUGUGAUUAUCGAGGCGAAUCGUGAUCACCGGAAAGUGAUGGAAGUGCGCAGGUUGUCGGACGCGAGUGCGAAACAUCACUCGCGAAGACCGUCCGUUGAUGGUAGUAAACAUCGCGAGUUGACCGGUCACGAUAGGAACUCAUCGUAUAUGCCGCACGCGAUUUGUAAACGACGAAAAACGGGUGGUAGUGAUAAUGGGAGUUCGCGAGUGCAUCAUUACGACCAAUCGGGAUCGGAGAGUGUUGGUGGAUCGCGACCCGGGACGCCGUUGUGUGACGAAAAACCCGAACACAUACCGAGUGAACCAAGACGAACGCCUAGAGACAGAGAGGGACCUUUAAGUUUGCCUCUACCUCGAUUCGCCACCCAAAUAUUACACAAGGGCAGUAUAUCCGUUGCGGGUAUUAAAGGCCAAAAGGAUAACAUCCUAUCUAGUCCACCAGCCGCUGUUACAAGCCCGAGAAUAGUAAGCAACCCUAAACCGCCUAGUCCUGUUCACGUACCCCCACCGGCAUCGCCACCCCCGAGGCCGCCAUCUCUUAGCUCAUCAUCAAGCGACAGCGAUGGAGCCUCACCCAGCCCAUCAUUAGAUGAACGGAUACGCUCCCUUGAUGAAAAAUACGAAAAGUGGUCGGGAUCGCGAGCACUCAGCGCAGCCGGCGGAGACGCCCUCGCGAAAUUGGACGCGAACCGCGACAAAUUCAAAAUUCGACACAAACUCCUCGACCCAAAUCUCGACCUGAAGGUGCUGCAGCCGUCCGAAAUCGUCAAAUCGGUGAUGGCCAAACGAUCCGUUUUCGACGAAGACUCCAAACGGCUCGAGAACGUCGGCGAAAAAUACGAACCCAAGGAUUUUGGCGCAUUCCCCAAAUCAUCAGCCCCGCCACCGCCUUCAUCAUCAUCUUCAAUCCCCGCUAGUCCAUUACCCCCGGCUACUAUAUUAAAGAUCUCUACGACGCAACCAACAAAAACACCAGCCACUUUAUCACCUAGAUCAACAAGUACAGGAAUUCCUCCAGCGAAAGGAUUACAAUAUCCUUUUCCAAGCCACCCACCAAUACCAACAUUAAUUGGACCGACACCACCACCUCCAGCACCACCACCACCGCCACCUCCGCCAACAAUUCCAACAACUACAUUAGUUGCGGUUACUACAGCAUCUCCCACGUGCUCAAUUACACCGAGACUAAAAUCAACAAAUGUUAAUAAUCUAAAUGGGGUUGAAUUACAACAAAUACAACAAGUACAACAAAUACAACAAAUACAACAAAUACAACAAAUACAACAAGUACAGCAAGUACAACAAUUACAAGUACAGCAAGUACAACAAUUACAAGUACAACAAUUGCAACAACAACCCGCCGAGCGGAUAUGUAGUAAUAAGGUGGUGUCUAGUACUGUCGUUGUAAAUAGAACUGUUGUCACGAACGCCUCGUUAAAAACACUUGAUAACAAUAAUAGUGAUAACAGCGGAAAUAAUAAUAAUAACAAUAAUAAUUCUAGUGGUAAUAGUUCGAAGUGCAGCAUUCCUGGGGACGUAACGAGUCCCUUUCUUCUUCUUCAAUCGGGUAAAGCAAAACGGCGCGAUUCGACGGCUAGCGUUGAUUCAACGUCAACGUUAACUUCAUCCUCAUCGAAAUCGAGACGUAAUAGCGUCAUGGACAAUUGUGAUAAUAACGAGAUCGAACAACAACAACAAAGAGAAAGGGAAAGAGAAAGAGUCGAAAAAGAAUUAGUUGAGAAAUUGGAGAAGGAAGAAAAAGAAAGAAGAGAGAAAGAGGAAAAGGAAAGAGAGAAAGAGGAGAAGGAAAGAUUGGAGAGGUUGGAAAAAUUGGAGAAAUUGGAGAAAGAGGAGAGAGAUAAAAAAGAGAGGGAGGAGAAGGAAAGGAGAGAAUUGGAAGAAAAGUUGGAAAAAGAAAAAGAAAAGGAACGAAUUGAGAAAGAAAAAGAGAAAGAGAGGAAACGAGAAAAAGAGAAAGAAGAAGAACGUAAUAAAUACAAAGAAGACAAUCACGAGAAAUAUAAUAAACAUUCGAGAGAAAAUCACAGUGAAAAACACGAAGUAAGAAAAGAACACGAUUCUCGAAACCACGAGAGCCGAGAAAAGCAUCUAAAAAUCCAUUCCGAAAGAGAUUCGGAACGACGAAAAGAGAAUUCCAAAGAGAACCGCGAAAAUAAUUCGUACGAAAAGUCGAAAAACAACAAUGAAAUUCGCGACAAAGAUCGACCAUCUUUAGAAACGCGCCAUCUGUCGAUCGAUUUAGACAAAAAUAACCGACAAAGCGACCCAAAACUCGAUCCGAGCAGGCGAAAAGAACGCAACAACUCGCUUCCCGCUCACAUAGGCAGCAAAAGGAGGUUAAGCUCGCAUGAUAGCCACGAAGAGAGCGAAUCGAAAAAGAUUAAGCUCAAUCAGGAGCACAAGAAAAUCAACGAGAGGCGCGGUUCGAGAGAUAGCAAAGAUGAUAAGAAUAAAAAGUAUAAAAUUAGUUCGAAAUCGCAUGAAGAGAAAAACAGGGAGAGAGAUAAACACAAUAAUAUUAGGGAUGAAGAUAAGCAACGGAAAGAUAGGGAGAAUAAGGAUAAUAGGGAUAAUAGGGAGAAUAGAGAAAAUAGGGAGAGAGAGCAUAAAAAGAAAUCUUCCGAUAAACAAAAAAUUAAGAAUAAAGAGAAACAAAGAGAUAAAGAAUCUCCAAGCACUCCUAGUACACCCGGGAAAGAUGUUUCAAUGGAAAAAGACUUUUUAUCGCGAUUAGAAUUAAAGGAAUCGCAAAAGCAACGAAAAGAGAAGCGAAAAGCCGACGAGGAAAGUAUCACAUCGUCAAAACCCACAUCGGACAACAAAUUCCUUCCGUUAAUUGAGCGAAAAUGCGAAGAAAAUUUGAGUAAGUCGGAAGAGCAACGUAAUAAGAUCAAAAAAGAACAGCGUAUUAGAAAAAUAACGAAUAGCAGUGACAAUUCCGAUUCGGAUGAACCAAAAAAGCACUCAAUAUUUGAUAUCGUUGAUGAUGAACCGGCUUAUAUCUCAAUGUACGAUAAGGUAAAAGCUAGGAGUUGCAAGAAUAUGCAAAAACAAGAGGAGGAGAAGCGACAAGAAAAAAUCAAGGCUAAGUUUAGUCAGUUAAAACAAAGCAGGGCUAAAAGGGAGGAAAAGAAACGAUCAACAUCUUGGGAUGAGGAUUCAGAUUCAGAUCGAGAACGCGGUGAUCUAAAAGAGAUUAAGCGCAAAGGGAAAAUGUUAAUUCAAAGCUCCGAUGAGGAAGACGACCCCCACAAAAAAAAUAUUUACUCAGAUAGCGAUUCCGAAAGGAACCAAAUCAAAAAUUUCGAUACAAGCGACGAUGAUCACAUGAAAAACCUUCAAAGGAAAGGGUCAAAAUCGCGGAUAACGUCCGACACGUCUGAGGAUGAAUUCAAACAAAUCAAAACGGAAAUAUUCUCGGAUAAUGAUAACGACCAAUUCGAUUUUUUCAAAAAAGAAAAGAAAAAGCAAAACAAAAUCGAGUUAUCCAACGAUAUUAACGUACAAAUUUUCGGGGAAGCUUCUUCCACCGAAGAAAACGAACGAAAAGAGAAAUUAGAAAUCCGCAAGAAACACAAGAAGAAGCAAAAGAAGCGAAAUUUCUUAUCGGACGAUUCCAUCAAUAAAGACGAAUCGAACGAGUACGAUAAAAAGAAAAAACAACACAGCAAAAAAGAUAAAAAGCGGGAUAAAUCCAAAGACGAGUUGAGGGAGAAAUCGAAAAAACUACGAAAUAAAAUCAAAGAAACCACGAAACGCGACGGGAAAAUGGAAAAUAUUUUUGGGUCGUUAUCCGAUGAUUCCGAAAAUAACGGAAAAGACGAAAAACCUUUCAUCUCGCGAGUUAACAGCGAAGAAAUCCCUUACACAAGCGAUUCGGAUCAAAAAUCGGAAUUCUUUAACAACAAAUCGGAAGAAAAAGAACGUGUGAUGAAAGAGGAACACCGAAAAAGAAAGGAAAAGAAACGGCGAGAUAAAGAGCGACAACGCCGACGCGAGGAAGUUUCAAUAAACGAUAACAGUAUCGAUUUUUCCGAUCUUGGUAAACAAUUAGAAGAUAAUAUUAAAGAUGAUAGUAACGAAUUUCCCAAUAUGAUCGAAAUUAAAUCUGAAAUUAAAUCCGAAAUCAAACCGGAAAUAAAAAGCGAAAAUGAAAUUAAACACAUCGAGUUUAAAUUUGAAAAUAACCCCGUUAAUACAGGUGAUGAAUUCAAAAAGAAUUUGGAUGAUCGCAAGGAAAAUAAGGAGAAGAAAAAGAAACGGAAGAAAAGUAAAGAUGAGAAACAACGGCAUCAUCACCAUCAUCAUCACCAUCACGAUAAGAACAAGAAAACGUUUUCGACGGAAUUUAAUAAGAAAGAGAUAAAGGUCGUUUGUAAUAAUAGUACUGUGGAGGAGAAAGUUGAUAAUAAUUUGAUUAAAAGCGACGUCGAGCCGAGUUUGCCGAAUAUUCUUGAAAUUCCCAGCCCACCACAACAACCGCUCAAGGUAGAGAUAUCUUCACCGGUUGCUUUAGAAACAACAACAACAAUUAUAAGUCCAAAUUCUUCUUCGUCUUCGUCGUCUUCAAAAGAUAAAAAGCAUAGGGAGAAAUUUAUACCUGGAUUUGGAGCUGAAAUUGAUGAAAAACUUCACGAAACCGCUGUUAAAUCGAUUUCAGAGUACGAACAACCCAAAUUAGAAAUUGAAGAAGGUAUUAUUAAAGAAGAAGAUAAAGAAGCAAACGAUGAAAAACAACGUGUUGUUAUUUCUCAAGAGGAAACUGAAGAUGCCGUCGCGGCAUUAUUGGGAGAAAGUUUCCGAAGUGGUGGUGAAUUUGAUGAUUACACGGAACAACCAAUUAGUCCGAUUAAUCCACCAACGAUACCAGACGAAGAUAAUCAAGAUGAUGAAGAAAUGAGACAGGCGGUGCAAAGUUUGCACACCACUGAGUUAGAUAUUAAACCAGAAACGCCUCAAAGCGAAAACGAUUUGCAAAUAGACACCGAUACCGAAGACCAAGAAGAUUCAGUUCCUUUAAGGUUCGAUCAAUUACCGAAAACGCCAGAGGGUGUCGAUUUAUCGCAUCCACCGAAAACGCCGGAUAUACCGAGUUAUUAUAAAAGUGAGGAACCGAAAAUUGGAAAUAAAAUUGCUAACAUUGGAAGUCCACCUUCUUUGACGCCAAUUAAAAAUAUUAACGCAAUAAAACCGAAUUUGGAACAACCAACCAUAAAGAGCACGCAAAAUUUGGAGUUAUCUAAGAAAAUUGUUGGAGCUUCUUUACCGUUACUCCCCGAACAAAGAACCGUAAUCAACAAAAACUGGGAUAAUCAAGAAAAGAAAGAUGACAAAAUAAAGCCGGAAUUGACCACCCAAAUCCCACCAAUCACUUCAAACUCAAUCAAAGCAAUCUCCCCGGUCACCUUAGCCUCAAUGCCCCUUUUAAAAGUGACCGAAUCAGUUGUAACCCCAUCAGAAAUCCCAAAACAAUACGAAAAACCCCCUUCGGAAUCAUCAUUAGUAAUCCAAACGAACGUAGCAACACCUCCCCCUCCAAUAAAACUUUCACCAAGCGGUCCUCAUAUAAGUUAUUCUCAAAAACAAGAUUUUACAAAGAUACGAUUACCAGUGGCACAUGGGCAAGUACAAAAACCGGUUCAAAUUUCAACGUUGGUUUUGCCAAAAGCGCAGUUGGUUCAACCACGAUUAGGUUUCCCACCUACGAGGCAUAUUGGAUUUAUUCAAUCGUCUCCAAAAAUGCUUUUCCAAAGGCCGCCCAUUUUCCCAUCUUAUCGAGUAUCCUUGGAGAGUGAUGUUAAGAAGUCUGAGGGGUUGUAUCCAGUUAAUUAUCAAGAUAAUCAGAAGAUACAAUCGAGUGGGAUACAAUCAAGUGGAACACCAGGAAUUCAACAACCACCAAGUAUUCAAUCAUCACCAAGCGUUCAAUCAUCUCAAAGUCUUCAAAUAUCUGGGGGACAUAAUCAAUCACCACCUCGAAGUGUGCCGUUACCUCCGAGUGGUGUUCAAUCAUCAUUUGGUGGUCUUCAACAAUCAAUAAUUAUGUCAUCAAAACCACCUCCACCAAUACCAUCGAUUCCUGAUAGAUUGGAAGUAAAUAUUUCAAAACCGUAUCUGCCCGUUAUUCAAGAAACCCCGAAAAUAAUGACUCCGAUGACUCCCCCUCACGUGCAAGAAAUGAGAUCACCCACGAUUAUCCAACAAGCCCCACCAAAAGAGAAUCAACAAGAAAAUCGCACAGAAAAAGAAGCAUCCCGAACCACAUCAACACCAAGUCCAGUUAUCGUAGUUAAUAAAGAAAAAGAAAUAAUUAAAGUUGAUGUAAAAGAUGUUGAGAAGGGAGUUAAUGAAGUUCAAAAAGAGGUUAAUACAGAAAUUAAAGAAUUAAAAGAAGAAUUUACCCCGUUGGCGAUUGAGAAAGUUACUGAGGAGCUUAAUAUGACUUUGGAGAAGGAGAAGAUCGAGGAGGAGAAGCUUGAAAAAGAAGAAAUUAAAGAGAAUGAUUUGGUUAAGGAGGAGAAACAUGAUGGCGAGGUUAAAAAUGAUGGGAAAGAAUGUGAUGUUGAAUUAAAUAAAGCUGAAUUAAAACAAGUUGAAACAAAUCGAGUUGAAUUAAAAGAAGUUGAAUUAAAACAAGUUGAAACAACUCCAGUUGAUUUAAAACAAGUUGAAUUAAAACAAAUUGAAUUAAAACAAGUUGAAUUAAAACAAGUUGAAUUAAAUCAAAUUCAAUUAAAUGACCAAAUUAAAUCCGAUCAAAUUCAAAUGAAUGAAAAUGAAGUUGAAGCCGAACCAGAGAAACCUCGAAAUCAUCACCAAGAAAUCGAAUCAUUAUCGGUAAUCAAAGAAAUUGAAAAGAUUGAAGAUGAGAAAGACGUAAAAGACACUGAUAGUGUUGUUUCUGAUAUAAGCAAGGAAAGAUUGAGUGCUGAAAUCCUCUCGAAGGAUGAUCCGAUGGAUUCGAAAGAAGACAGCGAUUAUUGGUCUGCGAAAGAGGUUAACAUAGAUUCGGUAAUUAAGAAAGUUGAUGCUUUAUGCUCAGCGGAUGAGCUUUCAGAUCGAAGUAGCGAGAUCGGUAAAGAUGAUUGGUUCGAUGAGAAAAAAGUUGUGAGUGCAUCCCCGGAAAAAGUUGAAGUUGCAAUCGAAUCAUCCCCCACAGCUUCCGAUCCUUCCGAUUUCAUCGAAGAUACAAACCUGUUAAGCGAAAAUCUCGAGGAGAAAGAAAUUGUUGUGCGAGGGGGUGGCCGAGGACGUGGUGGGAGAAGUCGAGGUGCUCGAAAAGCCCGAGGAGGCAUCGAUAGAGGUGUAGGGAUGCAAACGAGGCGGGGUAAAGGCGUCGUUAAAGAUGUUGCAACCCCAACGAAACGCGGAGGGAGAGGCGGGCGCCCAAAGAAUGAGAGGAAAGUUACUAAAUCAGAAUCGGAAGCUACAAACGAUAUUUAUGAGUUUAAAGAUGAUAGUGAUGACUCUAAAGAUAGACCGAGACUAAUAUUAACAAUAAAACCAAUAAUCCCCAGUGCGAAUGGAAAUAACCAACAACCAACAGCCAUCGUAAAAGAAGUCAGCGUUAAACCGGUUGUUAAAGUUGAAAAUAAAGAGGAAUUCGCCCCUCCUGUUAGUAACACGAGAAAAUCGAAACGAUUGCAAGAAAAAGAUGUUUUUAAGAACACCGUUGAUGAUACGAUUGAGGAUGUUGUUAAAAAUAGCCCGCAUGUUAUCACAAGAUCCGCAAUGAAUUUGAGUACGAGGAGAUCCGGAAGGGGGCAGGUUAAGGUUGUCCCGGAAGUUGUAACUCCAAUUAAAAAGACGCGAGUUGGGAAAUAUAAAAGGAGGGGAUCUGAAACUACGGAUGAUUCAUCCGAGGAAAAAGCACCUAUUAAAAUUAAUGCGGAUAAGGAGGAGAUUCAAAGUCAAAAUCAAAAUGUAAAGGUUGAGGUUAAAUCGCAACAACGACCACAAAGUCAGUUAACUCAAUUAAAUCAACAACCUCAACAAAUACAACAAAAUGUUCAAACACAAGCAGUUUCGGUUGAAAUUGAGAAGCCUAAAGAGAAACCGAUUGAAGGGUUAAAAGCUACGGUUCUUCGAAGAAUCAAAGGGGAUAUGAAUCAAGAACCAAUGACACUUAUUGAUCCGGUAACUGGGUUAUUAACGCCGAUGAGAGAAUGCGAGGAAAAUAAAUACAUCCCAGUAACUGGAAAUAACCAAACAAAUCAACUAAAAUUAGAUCAAAAAGUUUUGAAUCAAUCAACUUUGAAUCACCAACCAAUAAAUCAACAACACCCGGUUGUAACGCCUUCCGUUGUUAUAAAACAAAAACCUCAAAGUUUAAAAGCGCACGUUUUAUCAUUUCAAUCUUCAAACAACAACAUUGUGGUUACCCAACCGGUUCAACCCCAAAAACCUUCCGUGGUGACCCCAUGUUCCACGACGAAUUUUACGCCGAGAUCAAGUCCGCUUCCGGUGACUCAAAAUUUGAACAUAAACGUGACGGCGAUGCCCCCCGCGAGUUACGUUUCGGCUCAUUUGUCGCCGAGACCGUCUCCGAAACCACCACAGUUAUCGCCGAAUCAAAUUAUCCUUCAAAAACCGUUAGUGCAAAAAUCGCCAAUAUUGAACCCAAUCAUCCAAACAAUCGGGACGCAACAAAUUCAAAAUCACGUUCAAGCCAAUUUAAUUAAGCAGAAGCAAAAAGCGCCGAUUAUUAAAACGAGCCAAAUUCCAACGUCGAAUAAUCAAAAUAUUCUUAAAUCGGCUCAAUCAAUUAAUAAACAACACGGUGGGGUUCAUCCUCAAAGUGGAGUACACCCUCAAAGUGGGGUUCAUCCUCAAAGUGGAGUACACCCUCAAAGUGGAAUUCAUUCUCAAAGUGGAGUUCAUCCUCAAAGUGGAGUUCAUCCUCAAAGUGGGAUUCAUCAAAGUGGGGUUCUCCCUCAAAGUGGUGUAAUGCCAUCAACCUACAACACCAUACCAAAUCGGGUGGUUCAAUCUGCAACAUCUAAAGAUGGAGUUAAACUUGAAGUAUCAUGCGCGACGGUUCCUAAAGUGACGACAACGACGGUUCCAACUGGAGGUCCACAAAGACACGUUCUACCAACAGGGAUGCCUGUUCCCGGAUACGAAGCGAGUUUGCAGCAUGGGGAACGGAACGUCGUAGCCGCGGCGGUGGCGUUUAAUCACGGGCGUAGUCCACCGCCCGCACAUCAAAAUUCGCCGUCACCACAACAGGGUGAAGGAAUAGCGGCUCAUUUCCCGCCAGGUCCGAUUCAAUUGCGAGCAGCUCAUGAAUUGCAUUAUUUACAUCCAUCCCACGUUAUGUAUCAACAAUUACUUCGUCAUCAAUACAUACCAAGGUCCCCUAUGGUUAACGUGGAUAAACGAGACAUCGACGGGCAAGAAGGUGAAGAAGCUCCGGUGACUUCCCCGCCUUUAGAAUUGCGACGCCCCGGCUCGGUGGGGUUAGCCGUGGGAUUAAACAGAACGAGUGCUGUCCCACAUAGUUUACAAUCACCGCAUGAUCGAACAACAGAUUCGCCCCAAAUUUAUGGAAUGCACACCGCUAGGAUGCAACAUUACAAUCGAAUAUACGAUCAUGAGCCACCUCCGGCACAUCGUGCAGUCCCCCACGGUUCCGUAAACACCUUUGCAAACGAUCGAGGUUACGUAGAGCGGCCUUUAAGCACGGAGAGGCCUCCGAUGGUGGGGAUGGUGCGGCCUGAUCGUCCUUUAAGUAAUGAUCGGCCGUAUAGUAGCGAACCUUUAAUGGCUCACUCAGUGAAUCAUAUCGGAGGAUUAGAUCGCCCGCUUGCGAUGCAUUUACAAGAAAGGGCGGGUGUUGUGAAUAAUCAUGAUUUAAGCACGGCCGGAAUCGUUUCAGGGAUGAAUGUAGCCGUUUUGGAAGGGAUUGCGAGGACUCCGAGUACUGGGACUCCUAGUUCGGGGGUUGUUGGAGUUGAACAUAGGGAAUCUCACGAUAAUUUGUUCCAAUUAUUAAAGAUGUUGCAGCAUUAUCCGUGUAUGUGGCAAGGUUUGUUAGCGUUGAAGAAUGAUCAAGCAGCUGUUCAAAUGUAUUAUGUGUCGGGGAAUGAUGAUGUGGCGAAGAUGAGUUUGCCGAAAAAUGUCGAUGGGUCAACUCCUCCGUUGAGGAUUUUCCAGCGAAUGAGGUUAGAACCGCCUCAAGUUGAGGGAGUUACGAGGAAGAUGCAGGCCGAGAAGGAACAUUGUAUGCUUCUUGCUUUGCCAUGUGGGCAAACGAGUGAGGAUGUAAUCGAACAAACUAACUUACUUAGAGCUGGUCUUAUAAAAUAUUUAACUGAGAAACAAGCAGCGGGGAUUAUUAACGUUGCUGCUCCAGGAACUAAGCAACCCCCUGCUUAUGUAGUACAUAUUUUCCCAUCUUGCGACUUUGUAAACGACAAUCUAAGAAGGGUGGCGCCCGAUCUGUUGGAGAGGGUGUCAUCGAUAGCGCACCUUUUAAUAAUAAUAACGACGGUGUGAUAAUAAACAAUUAUUGAGACAACAUUAAAAAAAAAUUUAGCUCCUAACUUGUACCUAUUAAAAACCUAACUUUAUCUACACACACACAAAAAAAAGAUUAUGAGAAAACCACUGACUUCUAAAAACAUUAUUAAAUAAGAUUUUUUUUUCGUUGAUGAUAAGAUUUGGGAGAUUUGGAGAAGAUUAAAAAUGUGAUUGACGAAGAUUUUUGAUUGUUUUCGUAAAUUUUUGUUUGGAUAGACUCGAAAUAUGCGAUAAAAAUGUAUAAAUAAAAAGCGAAUAAGAAUGGAAGUUUUGAAAUGGAAGAAAGCGGGGGAAAAGAGAUGAUAAAAAUAUUUAAAUUUCACUGUGAUUUCUUGACAAAAGUAGUUAAUAUAAAACUAUUAUGAAAAAUAUUUUAAAAAAAAGGUAUAUUAAGGAAAAAAAAUAAAACUUACUACCUAUAUAAGAGAUCUCAUGAAAAAACACUUAGUUGUAAUAUUUCUUUUUUUUUUUUUGUUUCUUUUAAGAAUCUUUAUUUUCUUAUUUCUUUAUUUAAUCGAAAGAAUAAAAAUUGCUUUUUUAAAAAAUAAAAUAUUUAAAACAAACUCCAUUUUCCGAGUUUGUUUUAGAUAGUACAAGAAUCCGUUUUUAUUUUUAUUUUUAUCAGCGACUUUUCGCCGCGUCUCUUAAAUUAAAAGAAACUUUAAAUAAAGUAGUUUAAGCUAAUUUUUUUUUAAUUUAUGAUAAUUUUUAAUUUAAUAGAGUAAUUUUUUCGUACCCUUUAUACUAAUAUAAUGGGUAUUAAAAGAGGUUUAAGUUAAAACGAGACGCGGCGAAAAAUUGAUGGAUACAAACGUUUUUGUUACCUUUUAUAGUUGGCAAGAAAAAAAAAUGGCUAAUAUAAUCGUAUAUAAUAUAUAAAUAUGUAGCAUAUUAAGAAUGAGAUGAAAAAAGGGAGAUAAAAUAGUUAUUUUUUUUUUCAAAUGUGAAUAAAAUAGGUUUAGUUCUUUUUUUUCUCUCAUUAAAAAAAAAUAUCUUCAUUUACCUUUAGUUUUUCCUCACAAAUUCCCGAUAACCCUUCUUUUUAUUAUUUUUUAUUUUAUAGUUCGUUUUUAUUAAGGACUUGUGUACAGUGUAUUUAGCGACUAAGAAUAUAAGAUUUAGAACGUUAAAAGUAAAAAAAAGAUAAUAUAGGGAAAUUGUGAUGUCUAUAUAUUUACUGUAAAUUUUGUACAUACAAAAAAAUAAUGUGUAUUGUGAGUAAACAUUAUAACUAUUACAUCAUUA